GAAGGUCAUUAACCCUUCUACGUCUCUCUCUUUGCAAUUACUCUUUGAGAGCAUCUCUCUCUAAAAUAUUGAGUAUUGCUGACUUAAGCGUCAGAGUGUUUUCCUUGAGGAAGCACCCUCGGGAAUUUCAGGCCAAUGCCGAGAAACCUUUUUGUUGGAGGAGUAGAACAGGAUCAACUAAGUGGAACAGAUGAUGAUGAAAGAACACCAACUGGGUAUGCAACUCAGCCUGAACAAUUCCAAAUUCCAACAGGAGCAAGGCAUAGACAUCCCAGGCAAGGCAAUUCACAGCAUGAACGACCUGAAAGGGAUGCACAGCCAGUUGCGGUAGUUGCAACUCGUAACUCUCCCGCUCUGAGCAACAUAAUAGUGCCAACCAAACCACGGGGAACAAAAUCGUAUCAAGAGGGAUUCAAAAUCCCUCACCUAGAGACAUAUGAUGGUUCGGGCGACCCAGAUGAACAUCUGCAUACCUAUCAGGCCAUCAUGAGAAUCCAAAAUGCCAAUGACGCCAUGAUGUGCAAAGUGUUUCCAGCGACACUGAAGUCGAUGGCCAAAAGAUGGUAUCAUAAACUCCCUAAACAUUCCAUAGAUUCGUACUCCCAUCUUGCCAAGCUAUUCUCCAACAAAUUUGCGAGCCAAAGAGAAAUUAAGCGUAUAGCAACCGAAUUGAUGCAAGUUCAUCAAAAAGAAGGGGAAUCCCUGAGGGACUACAUGCAACAAUUUAACAAGGCCACUUUAGACAUUGAUAAUGUCCCCGAUACUAUCUACCUAUCUGCCUUGUUGCAUGGUCUAAAAUGUGGUUGGUUCCUAGACGACCUACUAGAAAACCCACCGAAGAUGUGGAACGAAGUAAAUGACAGGGGCAUGACCGACCUCAAGGGCAGAGGUAUUAGCUCAGCAGUACACUGGACAUGUAUCAGGAUAACCAAUAUCCUUCUGAGCAGGGCAGAGCGUACAGGGGCCAUCAAUUCAAUAGGAGGUCAAAGCGCUCAGGGCCGUAAGGCAUAUGCCUGUCAGGUAAUGACUGUUAAUAAGAACAAGCCCUUGAAGCGGCCAUUUGAGGAGGCAGAAUGGGAGAAUGUGCCCAUUACAUUCAGCGCGGCGGAUUACAAGCGAGCAGACGGAGAGCCCGACGUUAUGAUGCCUCAUGCAGAUCCUUUUGUGGCAACGGUUCAUAUAGGCAACCAUAACGUCAACAAGAAGUAUGAAGAGCUCAUAUAUGGGUUCAAUAAUCAGCCUGUCCUAGUUGAAGGAGUCAUCACUCUUCCCAUCUAUGUGAGCUUAGAACAACGCUUCAGGAUGGCUUCAGUCAGCUUUCUAGUCAUCAAAAUGGAAUCAACUUUUAAUGUCAUACUAGGAAAGGCCACCCUCUGUGAGCUAAAGGCUGUCAUCUCGCAACCUCAUCUCUGUAUAAAGUUCCCAACUCCUCAGGGGGUAGGAGUGUUUAAGGGGAACCAGAAGAUGGCCAGAGCUUGCUAUCAAGAUAUAUUCAAGAAGGUUGAGCUCGCUGCAACCCCAAGAGGCUCUUCUAAAAGUCACAGGCUAACUCAGUUCGGUCAGCAGACAAUGAGCAUAUCAGAUAUUGAGCACCGACCUAAGGGUGUUGAGCAGAACGCAGAGCCAGUAGAACCAGUGGAAACGGUCCCUUUGAACCCUGACAUUCUAGAAAGAACGGUUAAGGUUGGCACUAAGCUCACAACAGAAGAACGAGCAGAGCUUCUGGAGUUUCUAAAGGUUAAUCAAGAUAUGUUUGCGUGGAUAACGGAUGAAAUGCCUGGCAUCCCAGUGGAGUUUGCAGUCCACAUGCUUAGCACGGACCCUACCAGAAGGCCGGUGGUUCAAAAACGUCACCUCUUUGGUCCUGAGAAGCAAGCUGCCAUAGAUGAAGAAAUAAAAAAGCUACUGCAGGUAGGCUUCAUUGGGAGAGUUGAAUACUUUGAGUGGGUGUCUAACCCUGUGCUUGUCAAGAAACCGAAUGGCAAGUGGAGGAUGUAUAUUGAUUUCACCAACUUAAAUGAGGCGUGUCCGAAAGACCUUCACCCCUUGCCAAAUGUUGAGAAGUUAGUAGAGCGAGUAGCCAGACAUGAGCGAACGAGUUUCCUUGAUGCUAGCUCGGGUUAUCACCAGGUUCAGUUGCUAUUGGACGACCAGGAGAAAACAACUUUUUAUGUUGGUGACGCAAUGUACUGCUAUGUCAUGAUGCCAUUUGGCCUGAAAAACGCUAGCGCGACGUAUCAAAAGCUGGUGCAGGUCAUCUUUAAGCUCCAGAUCGGCAGGAAUAUUGAAAACUUGUGCCGAGCCCAAAUGAAGCUGAAUCCCUUGAAAUGCACGUUUGCUAUAGAAUCAGGAAAAUUCCUAGGGUACGUGGUAUCCAAGAAAGGAAUUGAGGUAAAUCCAGAGAAGGUUCAGGUCGUUCAGCAGAUGGAGCCUCCCAAGACCAUAAAAGAUGUGCAGCGUCUGACAGGUCGUGUUGUUGCAUUGCAUAGGUUCAUAGCUAGGUUGGCAGAAAGGUGCCUCCCAUUCUUUAAAGCCUUGCGAGAGCCCAAGAACUUUCAGUGGACCGACGAGUGGGUUACAAAGGAGGCCGUGAGCUCGGUUUUGCUAAGAGAACAAAAUAAACAUCAGAAGCCCAUUUGCUACGUGAGCAAGGUUUUACAGGACACAGAGCAGAACUACCCACUAGCAGAAAAGGCUGCUUUUGCCCUGGUCUACACGGCUCGUAAGUUGAGAGCUUACUUUCAAUCACAUCAAAUUGUUGUCUAUACCGAUUUGCCGUUGAGGAAGAUAUUGCAGAAGCCGAAACUUUCUGGUCGGCUUAUUGGGUGGACCAUCGAGCUGACCUCCUCGCAAGAUAUUAACCCUCAAAGAUUAACAAUUGUGGAGGUACUUGACGCCCCGAGCUACAUCGAUUUCAUAAUCAAGUGUCAACUGCUAAGCACAGAUCCUUCUUCACCGAGUUGGACUACCCCGCUCAUAAAGUAUCUGCGAAGUGGCGAGCUGCCUGAAGACCCAUCCAUAACAAAGUUGAUUAAACGCAGAGCGGCACAUUUCACCCUGUUAGAUAAUCAGCUCUAUAAGCGAGCAGUCUCAAUGCCCCUACUACGCUGCCUUACUCUUUAUGAAGCUGAAUACGCUGUGAGGGAGGUUCAUGAAGGAGUAUGUGGCACACACAUAGGUGGUAAAACAUUGGCUCGGAAACUCCUGAGACAUGGGUAUUAUUGGCUUACUAUGGUCGAGGACGCACAGAACUAUGUCAAAAAGUACCCGACCUGCCAGUUCAACGUCGAUGACAUUCACAUACCAGUCGAACUGCUCAGCCCUUUUGUCAAAGGCAAAAGAGGAUGCAUUUACCUAGUUUUCACGGUGGAUUACGUCACCAAAUGGAUAGAAGCCAAACCAUUAUCCACGACAACAGAGAAGAAAAUAGAGGAAUUCCUGUUCAAUUCAAUAUUAUGUAGGUUCGGCAUACCUAAAUGGAUCAUCGCUGACAAUGGUUCACAGUUCUGAGCCGCGGCACUGAGGUCGUUCUGCAAUGACUAUGGCAUUGAGCUCGCCUUGAGAUCUGUAUAUGCUCCACAGUCAAAUGGGCAAGCCAAGUCCGCCAAUAAAAUUGUCUUGUGAGG